AACGGCUGUGGGCCUCGGUCUUUGUGACUUGAGGUACAAGUACAAGUACUGUACAUCUGGGUGCGCUGCUGCUAGUAACAUAUUCUGGUCUUCAAGCUCUUCAGAGGUGCAUCUCAUUCCAUUCAUACAGCAUGUCUCUUCUCAAAUCGAAUCUACAUCGUCUUGCUGCGAUUGUCCUCUGUUUUGCCCCAGCAAGUGUGAUCGGCGACACUCGGAAUUGGAACCCAACUGGUCAAGGAUGCGUGGACCCGAAAGGCUUUCUCUCUUGCUACGAUACGCAAAGUAGCAAUGCAGAUUCAUGUGUCUCCUUCUGCAAUUCCAACAACGUGCAAGGCACAGGAGCGUACACAGAUUGUAUAUUGGGAUGCAAUGGAGCCUGGUUGGCUAGCAAUGUGGGAUGCUGGAUUCAAAGCUGUUGGAAUCAGGUCUACUCUUGCGAGUAUCAGCUCACUGCGCUGAGUUACUUUGACGGAACCGACCUUGUCCAAAAUGCCAAUAUCCCAUUCUAUCCUCCACCAGAUGACGCAUCUGCAGGCGCUUGCUCUUGCAACCUUGGCUACGUCUAUGGCAACAAAACAUACAUCAAUUUCAACAAUGCGUGCAUAACAGUUGCUGGAAGUGGUGAUUUAGAUGCUACAUAUGAAUGCGAGUGCUGCGAAUUCUCUUUCCCAGUGUCCAAUAUCCUAAAUGUAUGUCCUAAAUCGGACCUCUCUAUCCUUGGAUUCCAACAGGAACUCAACGAUACUCAACAACUCAUCUCGAAAUCGACGGACAAUUGCGCGAUUCUUGACAACAAUUCCGAUACUUGCGUGUCGCAGUUCGGAUAUCCUUUCUAUGGCACAAUCACCAAUCCACUCAACCUCCCUGCUGAUGAGCCAGGAACCGAACCUCUCUCCAACCUACCUGGAAAUGCUUUCACGGACUUUGGAGAGCCUGCGUAUACCCUAACGUUGUUUCCCGGAUAUUCCAGUGUCAUCACUCCAGCUGCAUUCAAUGCAGAUGCUGGCGUUGCAACUGGUUCGGUGGAGGUGGGUUCUGCUGUGGUUACGGCCACUGCUGGUUCCAGUGGACAAGGUGGGAGUGUGGCUGCAACUGCUACAGGAAAAAAUACAGGUACUGCAGCGACGGCUUCAGGGAAGAGUACCAAUACAGGGUCUGCGGCAUCCUCUUCAUCGACCUCGACGCAGAAGAGUGAUGGGUUGAGGGUGGAGAGCAAGGCGGGUGCUGUGCUUGGCGCUGUCUUUGCGAGCUUUGCACUGUUCAUGUAGGAAGCUCCGCAUCAUUAUACGAAUUCAUACUGUUCAAGCUCAAGGCCUGUUUCCCUUCUUGGCUACAAAACUUGUUGCACCUUCACGAGAUACAACAAUGCAAUAUACCAGAGCUUCGAACCCCUCUCACUUUUAUACUUACUGAU